AAUAUUAUAAUUAUUUCAAUUCCACGUUGCACCCUCAAUUUACCCCCUCCUUGGCCCGUCUCCUCCUGUCCUUGGGAACUUACUUUCACGUGAUUCUGAGCUUUCCAGUCCGACAACUGCUACCCCUGCGCUCCUCUUACAUCUUUUUGUCACCUUCUGCAAUUCCUUGCUCUUCUUUCUUCUCAUAUUUUUAUGUUCUCUGUAAAACACAAAACAGAGCACCUUCUGUUUCUUCAGUUCAACAAUGCUCAAGAAAUGGCAACCCCUUCUUUUGUCAACCAUUGUUCUGCUCUCACUCUGUGCCUCCACAGUUUCUUCUUCCAGGCCUGCACUCACUCAAUCACCCUCUGUCUCAGACGAUGAUGUUGUUGCUCUCCUUGCAUUCAAAUCCAAAGCAGAUUUACACAACGCUCUUCCCUUCUCGUCAAACACCACCACCCUCCAGCUCUGCCGCUCGACAGGUGUCCAAUGCGCCCAGUCCAAAAUAGUCCGCCUCAUAAUCCAAUCUCAGAAUCUCGGUGGCAUUUUCGCACCAAACACCCUGACUCGCUUAGACCAACUCAGAGUCCUGAGUCUGCAGAACAACUCACUCACUGGAUCCAUUCCCGACCUCUCCGGCCUCACCAACCUCAAAACCCUCUUCCUCGACCGCAACUCCUUCGCGGGUUCUCUUCCGCCUUCGCUCUCGUCCCUCCACCGCCUCCGAACCCUCGACUUCUCCUUCAACAACCUCACCGGUCCAUUACCCGCCUUUCUCAUCACCGGUCUAGACCGGCUCUACUAUCUCCGGCUCGACUGGAACCGGUUCACCGGACCGGUCCCGGCUCUGAACCAGUCCUCUCUCCGAACCUUCAAUGUCUCCGGAAACAACCUCACCGGGGUAAUCCCCGUUACUCCGACCCUUCUACGCUUCGGGCCGACGGCGUUUUCAUGGAACCCAGGUCUCUGCGGCGAGCUUGUAAACAAAGAAUGCCACCCAGCUGCGCCGUUUUUCGGUCCAACCCAAGCUCAUGAAGCUCCACCUCCCACAAGAGCACUCGGGCAGAGCACUGCACAGGAAGUCCAGGGCGUUGAGUUGACUCAGCCGAGUCGAAAAAGGCACAGAAGAACCGCCGUCAUUAUUGGGUUCUCUUCAGGCGUCUUCGUCUUGAUCUGUUCUCUUCUCUUCUUCGUACUAGCUUUGAAGAAACAGAGGAAACCUAAAACCCACCGGAGGACCGACAUUGCGAGUCCGACAGGCUCCGAUGCACAUGCGGCGGUAGUGGUGCAACUAGAGGAGGAGUUGGAGCAGAAGGUGAAGAGGGUACAGGGGAUUCAAGUGGUGAAGAGCGGGAGCUUAAUGUUCUGCGCCGGCGAGUCGCAGCUGUACUCGCUGGACCAACUGAUGAGGGCCUCGGCGGAGCUGUUGGGGAAAGGCACCAUUGGGACGACGUACAAGGCGGUGCUGGACAACCGUCUGAUUGUGAGCGUGAAGAGGCUGGAUGCCGGGAAGUUGGGCGGGACUAGCAGAGAGGUGUUCGAGAGGCACAUGGAGGCGGUGGGUGGGCUUAGACAUCCCAACUUGGUUCCUCUCAGAGCUUAUUUUCAGGCCAAGGAUGAGCGGCUCCUCGUCUACGAUUAUCAGCCCAAUGGCAGCCUCUUCUCACUCAUUCACGGAACAAAAUCCACAAGGGCAAAGCCGCUGCACUGGACAUCAUGCUUGAAAAUAGCAGAGGACGUAGCACAAGGCCUCUCCUACAUUCACCAAGCAUGGAGGCUUGUCCACGGCAAUCUCAAGUCCUCCAAUGUCCUCCUUGGCCCUGACUUCGAGGCAUGUCUCACCGACUACUGCCUCUCUGUUCUUGCCACCACCACCCCAACAUCCGAGGAGGAGCCAGAUUCUACUGCUUACAAAGCCCCCGAGAUUCGCAUAAACUCAUUGAACGAUCACGAUGAUCAUCAACAAAAGCACCAACCAACUUCCAAGUCUGAUGUCUAUGCAUUUGGGAUUUUGUUGGUGGAGCUUGUCACAGGGAAGCCUCCAUCACAUCACCUAGUUUUGGUGCCCACUGACAUGGUGGAAUGGGUCAUGUCCAUGAGGGAAGAUGAUCAGCAUGAUCAAGAUGGGGAAGGCAAUAGCAGGAUGGGGAUGCUGGUAGAGGUGGCCAUAGCUUGUAGCUCAACAUCGCCUGAGCAGAGGCCAACAAUGUGGCAGGUGUUGAAGAUGUUACAGGAGAUUAAAGAGAGUGCAUCCAUGGAAGAUGACAAUGAAUUAAUGGACCCCCAGAUUGUGACUGGUGUGCCCUAGCUAGUUAGGGUUACCGCUGUACCAAACUAGGAGUAUUAAUUAAUUAUUUUAUAGAAAAGAAAAGAGAUGGAGCACA